AAGGGUUAUUCGGAAAAAACGAUUAUCAUGCCAUACAACCCUUUUUUUUUCAUGAAGCAGAGGGUCGAUUUGAAUCCCUCCAUCCGGGAAACCAACACUGAUUCUGGUUCGAAAACAACAGAUCCCGAAAAAGCACCCGGUUUGAUUUCUUCAGAAGCCGCGAAUAAUCCCUCCGAAGAAAUCAACAACCUGCCUCCGGAGAUUUCUUCUCCAUCAAAAUCUGAUCCAUCGAAUUCUGAAACCAUCGGUGAUACCUCGAAACUCCCCCCGACUAAUGCCUCCGACGCCCAGAACGAACUUCUACCGGUGAUGUCCUCACCAUCUAGAUCUAACACAUCGAACCCGGGUGAAGACGCCUCUUCCAAUCCAGACGAAUCGGCGCCUGAUCUCCUAGUGAAUUUCUCUCCAUCUAGAUCGAAGACAACAGAUCCAGAACUAUGCGCCGGUUCUGCUUCACCCAUUUUGGACCCAAGUUCCACGGAAGUCGACAACCAUCUCCCCUCGGAAUCUACAAUACCAGCAAGUGAUGUUCCAUCGACUUCUCGUAUCCCUUCAGAGAGUUCUCCAGAUCUUCUCCCUCCUCGGUUGUUUGCUACAGAUCGGUACCCUGUCAGAGGGCGUAUCAAUUCAUACUCGAGACCAGAGUAUUUGCUAGACCUUGUUGAAGUAUUAGAUGAAAAAAAGAAGAUGCAGACUGCAAAACCUGGUGAGGCUGCUUACUUCAACACUCUAAUAGGUCCCAAUAAAACAUACUCCAUCCGGGAGAUUGUUAGUAUUCUGCAGCGUGAUAAGCGGUUACCCAGUUCCAAAAGAAUGAGUGGUGAACGUAGGCUCCGCCUGGCUCUGAUUGUUAUAGUUGAGGGUAUAUUGGUUUGUAAUUCUUCUGCUGUUAAAGCUUCCAAGAAAGUGGCAGAGAUGUUGAAGGAUGUCGACUCAUUUGUCAAAUACCCAUGGGGGCGCAAGUCAUUUAAAAGGAGUCUUGAGAUGGUCAAACUUGGGCCAUACAACCAAUCUGUCUCCUUUCUUGUGGAUAAACUAUGUCAGUCCCAUACAGCUACUCACGGCUUCACUCUCUCUUUCCAACUGUUGGCCCUACACGCAAUUCCUCUUCUUCAAAGGUAUUUACCUGACUUAAACGAUGAGCAGACGUUUACUGACAGGUCUGUGCUUCAACUCACACAGUUAAAGACCUUUCAUAAUUCCAACAUCUUGCAAACAGAGAAUGAUCCGAAUGUUGAUAUUGAGUGCAUUCUACACACUCAAGAUGAGGAUGAUCUCCAAGACUUCUCAUGGACUGAUGAGGUUGAAGAUUUGGCUGUGGACAACAUAUUCAACAAGUUGAAGGAUGGGCAUGUUUUCAAUAAAUCAGAUUGGCAUGGUGGUGUCUCACAUCUACCAUUAUUAUCUGAUGCAAUGUUAGCAGCGGCUGCUAAAACAAAGAAUGUCUCCAAACCAAUACAGAAGAAGCAGGGAACCAAAAAGGCAUCUAAACCAAAGCCAGACAAAGAGAUCCCUGAAGCCAGCAAUUCCCCAAAGGUUCCUGAUGAUGUUGAUGUAUCCACACGAGAACAGAUCCUUCGUGAGGUUGAACGGAGAAACAAUGAGCACACAUCCCAAAUCAAGGAGAUGUUGAGAAUUGAGAUGGCUCUAUACAAAGACGAGAUUGUGGACCAGGUUAUACGCAAUUUGAGGGAAAAUGGUGUCAAUAAUAGCUCUGUCAAAUUGUCUACCAAUGACACUAUGCCUCGGAAUAAUAAAUGGGAUUGCUCUGAUCAUGGUACAACUUUCACAGACAUUCUGAACAAGGUAUCCAUAGCUUGCAAGGAUCCAUCGGUUGGUGUUCAGCAAAGUCAGUCGCCCAUUGACUGCAGUUCAUCGGAGUCUGGCGAUGAAGACAUAGCUGAGGCAUCUUUGUCCCCAAUUCUGCAACCUGACUUGACCAACAUAAUGCCUAACAAUCCUGCUUCAAAACCACACCUAGCUGAGCAGGAAGAUAUUGACUCUGAUUACAAUCCUCAAAUGAUGGUUGAAAAUGAAGAGCUUCAUGAAAAAGACAUUCCAAACGAGGACAAAUCAGAUCCGGAAGUUGUUAGUAAUUCUGAGUCAGAAGCUGAGGAAUCAAAAGAAACUAACGACAGUAAAGAAGACCACAUUGCCAUGUCCACUGAUUCGGUACCAAUUGAGGAAAAAAACAAAGAUAUGAGUAAUAUACCAUGCAUAACAUCUGUGGACAAGAAGAAUGUUGUCAAUGAAUCUGAAUCAGAGGCCAAUGAAUCUGACUCUGUUGAACGUGGACUUCAAUCAGAUGAUGAAGUCUCUGAGGACAAACAAGACCAAAACAUGGUCUUGUCCACAGAUGAGGUACCAAAUCCACCUGCAAAAAAGAGAAAAGAACCAAUUUUGGACCAAAUCCUUACUCCUCUUCCAACUAAAAGACCAAGGACUAUGCCUAGAAGAUUUGGGCAAUGUAGCUCCUCUAGAAGGAGGGACCCCCUACCUUCUGUACCUGAUCUUGCUGUAUAUAUGCCUUUUCGCGUUGUUAAACCAUCCAUCAAAAAGAAAUUCUUGAACAAGCUUGCCUCUUAUUCCAACAAAGAGUACAUAAUUGAUGGUCACGCCGUUAAGAAGACUUUCUUUGAAGAAAUUUACACACCAAAGCACUGGGUUGAUACCCCUCACAUGGAAGCACUGCUGUCUCUUGUUUGGGGGAAGCUUGGUGAGUCAUUCCUGCAAUCACGGGUGGUUGUUUUGGACACUUGGUUUGCACAAUUGCUUUCCAAUGACUAUCGCCGCUUCACUUCAGCGAAGAAAAAGGCCAACUUCCCAUGGAAUAGUGUUAUAAAGAAUACUGUUCUAGGCAUUGUCCCAAGCCGCUCUUCUAAAUGUGCUUGGUAUUCCGACGUCGAUACUGUUUAUGUGCCCAUGAACUGGGGGAAGCGACACUGGGUUGCCGUUGCUAUCCACCUAAAGACUGGAGUUAUCUCUAUUCUCGAUCCUCUCAUCAUCCACACGAAACCUACCCAUGUCCCACGGCUGAUGAAACCGCUUGUGGAGAUGCUGCCAUACAUCAUUAGGGACCUUGUCCCCCCUUCAGCUUCACAAGAACCCCUCCCCAAGUCAUUUACUAAAGAAAGGAUGGUUGAACUCUACCAGAACGACCGCACAGGUGACUGUGGCCCAGUCAGUGUUAAGUUCAUUGAGCUCCACGCACAAAGAUUGGGUUUGGAUGAAGGGUUUGAGUUCUUAGGCCCCCUAAUGGCUUCGGGGAAAGAGGGAAUGGCUUAUGUUUUUAAUGACCAAGUUCUGAAGGCAGCUUCUCUUCAAACUUUUGUAGACAACCCCGUACUUGUUAAUCGAUGGACAAAGUUUCGCCCUUUCUUUGUUCGUUGUCUUCAAUCCGGCAAUCCAGCUGCAUGCUACAUCGAAAGUCUUCGUCUAGCUACUAGAGAAGGUAUGAUCGAAGACGCCAUCACCUUGCUUUCCAGCAGCGACGCAUUAACUGAAGAAAUGCAGUUUGCAUUAGGGUUGUUUCAAAUAACACGUGGACUUUAUCAAGAGGGCAUUACGACUAUGGAUUCCUUCCAAGAAAGUGUUGGUGAUUACUUCCUAGCUGAAAUGGUAGCUGAAAGAGUUUUCCAACUCAUUCGUGAAAUUGGUCCAUUGCGUAUUACUCGUUUCCCACUAUACGCAUCUACAUGGAGUCAACCAUCCUCAUCCUCCGCCUCCUCUGUUAACUCGCGAGAUCGUCGUAAUGGGAAGUUCGGAAUUCCUCGUCGAUGCACCUGUGGUGGAAAAGUACAGCUCGACCGUGUUUCCCAUGGACCAGAUGUAGGCCGUUUGAUCUACAAAUGCGAACGACAUGAGGAAAACGGUUUGCAUCUUAACAAGUUGUGGUAUAAGGCUAUAGAAGAGGAAAUUCACGACUUAAAUGUGAAGAGGUGUGAACAAAAUGAUCGGUUCUCCUACUUCACUCAAGGUCCGGAUGGCAAUCAGAUAGACCCCCCUAUGAUGUGGUCUCAGGUUAGCUUCCACGACAAAGAAAUCAAUCGUUACAGGGUAUUACUCCAAGAUUGCUCAGAUGGGUUGAAAGACCUUAACUCUCAGAUUCACUCUACCAUCACUCCCACAGCCAACAACUCCAUCAAGCCCGGCAUACUUAUCAGCUAUGACAAGAUUGUAGCAAUCUUUCUACUUCUAACAAUCCUGACCAUUGCAUUAGCUAUUUCUCUUUUUAAGUAGGCCCGACUUGUUGUGGACCAAUACUAUCCUCCUCUCGUCAGGAUGAUCUCUAUCUCUGUUUAACCAUCCUCUUGUUUGUUUCUCCACUUUAUGAUGUAGACAAUGUCUAAAGUAUGUAACCAUCUGAUAUCUAUCACAUGAACUUGUCCUCCUCCUAUCGUAGACAAGUUCUCAACAUUUAGUCUACAUCUUAUUCUCUUCCAGCAAACAAUCUUAUUAAUGUCCACAUGAACUUGUAGACAAAUAUGUUUUUGAUUUGAUGUGUGGAUCUACAACAGACUAUGUCUCUUGCUGUCAACAACCUGUACUCUUAUAUUCAUAGACAACUUGUCAUUUUCCUUGCCACAUACUUAUUAAUGUCCUUCAACUUUAAUAAGAUAUGUCCACAGUU